UCUCAUUUAUUAAUUGAGUUAUUAUAUUUCGUUGUUCUCCUUCCCUUGUUAGUUUGUCUAUUUUUGGAAGGGGAUCUACUCCCCUACUGCAUCAUUUCAAGUUAGUUGGUAUGAAAGGUAUUUCAGAGUUUAUAUCAAAGUUAUUAAGGACGUCCGGUAAGGGAAGGUCAGUCGAAACAAACAUUCCAUGCCGUCGAUUUUCACUGGCUGAGAUCAAGACAGCUACCAAUAACUUCGAUGAUAAUUUAGUAAUUGGUAAGGAUCGUUAUGGGAAGAAAGUAUACAAAGGGUUUAUCGAUGACCGUACCAUAAGCGUUGCAGUAAAGCGUACGGAUUUAAGGUCGGGUAAGAACGAGGUGCUAUUCCUUUGCCAGUUACACCACCCUAACCUCCUCCGUCUCAUCGGAUAUAGUUUCGAUAAAUGCGAGAUGAUCACAGUCUACGAAUUCAUGGUGAAUGGAAACCUCGGCGACCACAUUUACGCCACUAAACGCCAUGAACCCCUCCCGUGGAAACAAAGACUCCAGAUUUGCAUUGGAGUGGCGCGUGGAAUGCACUACCUUCACACUGGGCUGAAGCAUUGUAUUUACCACCAUGACGUGCAGCCGAGAAACAUUCUUCUGGACGAGAAAUGGGAGGCCAAGUUGGGAGCUUUCGCGAUUUCCGAGAUGGGUCCCCCUAGUUUGUCAAAGGCUUCAAUUAAAAUGGAAUUUGUGGCGGAGAAUUUCUAUGUCAAGAGGGGGCGGCUUAGCGAUAAAUCUGACGUUUACUCUUUUGGUAUGGUACUGUUGGAAGUGCUCUGUGCCAGAAUGCUAUUGGAAGUCUCGGUGGAGAGAGAAGAAGAGACUUACCUGCCUAGCUGGGCCCAAAAAUGCAAAGAAGAAGGGACCAUAAAUCAGAUAAUUGAUCCGCAUCUGACGGGGAAGAUAGCCCCAGAGUGUUUAUACAUAUAUGUGGACAUUGCGACCUCUUGUGUGCAACAUGAGGGAAAGGAUCGUCCCACAAUGGUUGAAGUGGAAGUAGGCCUCGAACAUGCAUUGGAGCUGCAAGAGAGCGCAGAUGCUGCUAGCAAGGAUGUGGAUCCUGUGUUGUGAUCAAAAGUGCACCAAAUCUACCGACUUGUCCUUGGACAACACCACGCCAAACGGCAAAUGAUUACCCACAAACAAUGAUCAAAAUUCGCAUUCCAAGAAGCAAUUUGAAUGAAACAAUGUAUUUAAGGUGGAGCUAAGCUGCUGAAGAUUGUUUGCACCCAUCCUGCUGGACCUCAAUAACUUUGAAAUAGACUGUGAAGCAGCUUCCAUUUAUGCUUAUGUCAACUGAUGAGAAGCUUCCAAAGUUGUUGAAGUGGCAGCACAUAUCCUAAAAUUAAAAAAUUGCGGUCAAUUCAGAAUGAGAAUUGUCAAUGUACAUUUUUUUAUUUAUAUUUUUUUAUAACUGUUUGAAAUUCCUAAAUCACUCUAGAUCUAUUAUUAAUUCUUUAGUAAUUGCACCAGCUAAUAUGAACUAGUUUAUCAAAAAAUAUAUAAAAUUUCUUGUUAGUAUUCUAUUCAAUCAACAUCUUGAGAAAAUUCAUUCUAAAAAAAUAAUAAUAUCUUGAGAAAAUUAAAACCCAAACCAUUGUGUAACUGGAGCCACAGCUGGUGCUACCCGCAGAGGACCAGGAAGUUGCCAUGGAUUGAGAAUUUUCUGAUCAAUUUGAUCCGCCUCUGAAUCUUUUAUUGCCACUCAAUCUUCUAAACUCUUCUUGAAAAGACUACUCCUUUUGUAAGUCUUUCUGUUAUCAAUUUAUCAUAUUAUUAUUAUUUUUAAAAUGAUGGCAUCAUUGCAUUGCGUGACAUUAUCAUUUUGACUUAUGGGCCAGCAUACAUAUCUAAAUCUAAUGUUUUCUCAAUCAUUCAUAGUCAUGGAGAAGAGUAACUCCUUAUGCUCAUGAAUGAUGUUUAUUAUGGACAAAUUCUCAAUUGUUUGAAGCGAUUUCUAUUUCUAAUUUAUGAGCAGCCAGCCAAUGGAAUCUGUUUCACAGUCUAUAUCAAAGUUAUUGAGGAGACCAAAACAAUCUUCAGCUCUACAUGAGGAAUUAUGCCGUCGAUUUUCACUGGCUGAGAUCAAGAUAGCUACCAAUAACUUCGAUAAUGAUUUAGUCAUUCACCAGUGGGGGUUUUGCAGAGCAUAUAAGGGAUUUAUUGAUGACUGUACCAGAAACAUUACAAUAAAGCAGUUGAUUACCAAGUCAGGACAGGGCUUUGAGUACUUAUUAAGGACUGAGGUGUUAUUGCCUUGUCAGCUUCGCCACCCUAACCUUGUCCCUCUCAUUGGAUAUUGCAUUGAUGAAGACGAGAAUAUCCUAUUCUGCGAGUUCAUGGUCAAUGGAUGCCUCUACUGAAAACUCCUCUACAAGGGCCACGACAAAGAUCCACUCCCAUGGAAACAAAGACUAAAGAUUUGUGUUGAAGUGGCGAGUGAACUACACUACCUUCACACUGGGGUAAAGCAUACUAUCAUCCACCAUGACGUGAAGCUAGACAACAUUCUGUUGGACGAGAAAUGGGAGGCCAAGUUGUCAGAUUUCAUGUCCUCAAAAAUGUCUCCCCCGAAUUUGUCAACAGUUCGUUUUGUAUACACGGGGGAAGAUACAACUUCUUUGAUUCACGGUACUAUGGUACAACACUUGGAUGCUGAGUUCCUUGUGAGUGGGGUGCUGACUGAUAAAUCUGACGUCUACUCUUUUGGUGUGGUACUUCUGCAACUACUCUGUUGCAGAAAAGCAUCCUAUGUGGUUGAUUGGGCCAGAAAGCGCAUACAAGAAGGAAACAUUAAUGAGAUGAUUGAUCCGUAUCUGAUAGGGAAGAUAGCUCCAGAGUGUUUGAAGAUAUACUUGGACAUUGCCACUUCUUGUAGUUGAACUAAGGGAGUGGAUCGUCCUAUGAUGGGUGAAGUGGAGAUAGAGCUUGAACAUGCACUGCAGCUGCAAGAGAGUGCAGAUGCUGAGAGCAAGGAUGGUGUGGAUCCUUCGGGUGAAUACAACUAUCCCAUUGUUGAAUAUACAGGCCCUGCUUCUCCAACGCCUGAGCCUGAGGAUUCAAUUUGGGAUUCAGAUAGCAUCACUUCUGCCGACUUGUCCUUCAACACCACCAUGCCAAACAACCAAUGAUUAAUCACAAAUGAUUAUCAAAAUUGCAUUCCCAGAAGCAAAUGAUAUGAUUAAUAAUUAUUUGACCCAAAAAAAAUAAAGAAGAGUUGGCAUUUCUAGAUUGGCAAAAACUAGGUACUGAAUGCAUUUCCUUGUGUAUACAGCUUUCAACAUGGUUGAAUUCAAUUGGAAAAGUUGAGUUGCAAUACCAAAGUCCAACUCUUUCCAAAUAUGAAAAAUUAAUUUAUUUUCUUUCUUUUUUUCUUGUA